AUGGAGAGCACAGAUUCAUCAUCGGGUUCACAAGUACACCCGCAGCUGCCACCCGGGUUCCGGUUCCACCCGACCGAUGAAGAGCUGGUGGUCCAUUAUCUCAAGAAAAAGGCCGCCUCCGCUCCUCUACCGGUCACCAUCAUCGCCGAGGUGGACUUGUACAAGUUUGAUCCAUGGGAGCUACCAAGCAAGGCGACGUUUGGGGAGCAAGAGUGGUAUUUUUUCAGUCCAAGAGACCGGAAGUACCCGAAUGGGGCAAGGCCUAACAGAGCGGCAACGUCAGGGUAUUGGAAGGCCACGGGCACCGAUAAGCCUAUUCUAACAUCCAUUGGAAACCAAAAGGUUGGCGUUAAAAAAGCUCUGGUUUUCUAUGGUGGCAAGCCCCCAAAAGGGAUCAAGACCAAUUGGAUCAUGCACGAGUAUCGCCUAGUCAACAACAACAACAACAACAACAACUUUUCUAAGCCUCCUGAUGCAUCCAACAAAAAAGCCUCUUUGAGGCUUGAUGAUUGGGUUUUGUGUCGGAUUUAUAAGAAAAACAAUGCACAGAGGCCUAUGAUGGACGAGGAUUCUUCCAACAAUUCAAUGGACGGUAUGUUUGUCCACCCAUCAUCAAUAUUGCCAGCUCCGCCGCCGCCGCAGCCAAGGCACACUACAAACUACACGGCGUUGCUCGAAAACGAUGAUCACGAGGGUUUUUUCGAGGGUAUAUUAUCGUCAAGUGAUCAACAAGGCUCUCACUCUCAUCAUCAUCAUCAUCAUCAGUUUGGUGGUAUAUCUACUUCAAGCUCAAAAAGCAACCUGCCCGUGAAACGACCACUUCCAUCGUCGUUUUGGAACGAUGCGGGAUCGAUGGGGACUGCUGCUCCUGCUGCUACUACAAGUUCAUCGAGCAAAAGGUUUCAUGCUGAUCUCAACAGUGGUAUUAGCGCCACUGCUGCAGGUGGGGUUGAUGAAAGCAACUCCUCCUUUGUUUCUAUGCUAAACCAGCUCCCACAGGGUACGGCGCCGUUUCACCCUAAUGCACUUCUUGGGUCCCUCGGAGAUGGGGUUUUGCGCCAACAAUUUCAACACCCAAGUAUGAAUUGGAAUUCAUAG